AUGGAGUCUCAAAAGAUUUAUGAUGAUGAAAAUUUGAAAUUAAAAUAUGAGAAAAUAUUAGAAUUUUCUCACGAAAAUGAUCUUUCAUGGUUUAUUAGAUUAGAUACAGAUUCACUUUAUGUAGGAAUUCCUGAAGAAUUAUCUGAAGGAUCAAAAGAGAAAUUUCUUAGUCUUCUAGAAUUUGCUGAUGAUACAAUGCAUUGUAAACAUGUUAUUAUAUAUUUUGAUAAGGGUCGGCCUGAUCGAGCAAUGGUAGUAAAAACAUUUAUGUUUCUUGGUUUUCAUAUAUUAUCGCCUGACAAUACAUUAAUGAAAGAUAUUGAUAGAAAGCCCGAUCAAUUAUUUAUGGUCUACACAAUCGACGGUGAUGAAUAA